AUGCAAGCUGUUGUAAUCGCAGUGGCUGCAACACUUGUCGCAAAAAGUUCGGCUUUUGGACAGUCUAGAGCUUUAUGGAAUUUAGGAAGUAUGGGCAGCUGUAAUUUAGGUUACUAUCCUUUGGUGUACUACAACGGCUAUGGAUGUUGGUGCGGAAUGGGUGGAAGUGGAACUCCGGUAGAUGAAAUUGAUGAAUGCUGCAAAAUGCAUGAUCUUUGCUAUGACAGAGCUAUAGGCGAAGGGAAGUGUAAGGAUGUUGCUGCGGCAUACUUUACUCCUUAUGACUGGCAGUGCGUCAACAGUACGGUGGUUUGCACAAGUACUUCACAUCCAUGUAAAGCGGCAAUGUGUAACUGCGAUAAAACAGUGGUCGAAUGUUGGAAAAAAUAUCCUCAGCCGACGAAGCUUGCUCGGUGUUCAUCUACUUCUAACUAG